AUGCUGAAGGAGGGCGACUUUGUGCACAUAGAGGUCGAUCUGCGUGGGUUGCACUUACCCUUUGGGACAUUGGCUGUUGCCAUCAACUCAGAACCGGCAGAGACGGUCUUCGAUGACAUUGCGUUGUCAUCAAGUAUGCACAUGAUGCCCGUGGUCUGCAUGGGAGGUGACGGGUCUAGGGUUCGUGUUUGCCCAGCUUGUUGA